AUGAACCCAAAUCCUGUCAAAGCAGUCUCUGCAUCAGAAGACUUUCGUCAGUUUGUCAAGGAGCUUGAAGAGGAAAAUGACCUUAUUAUCAUCACAAAAGAGGUUGAUCCUCACCUGGAGCUUGCUGCGAUCACCCGCAAGGUCUACGAGACCGAAGAAAAAGCUCCAAUGUUUCAAAACAUCAAAGGCCGUAAAGACACCGGUCUUUUCCGCAUCCUAGGAGCACCCGUGGGAUUGAGCCGCGACGUGAACCGGAGGUUUGGGCGUAUUGCCAAGUCCCUUGGGCUACCAUCCACUGCAACCGGCGAGGAGAUCAUCAACAGAAUCAACGAAUGCAAAAUGAAGUCACCGGUGUCCGCUAUCGAAGUUUUGCCCGACCAAGCCCCAGUCAAGCAGUACAAACUUUUCGGUGAUGAUAUCGAUCUAAAUGCCCUGCCGGUCCCCCUCCACCACGAUGCAGAUGGUGGCAAGUAUUUACAGACUUUUGGCAUGCAUAUUGUGAAAACUCCAGACGGGCGUUGGGUGAACUGGUCGAUCACCCGAGGGAUGGUUCAUGAUAGGCGUUCACUUACUGGACCUAUCAUUCCGAACCAGGACAUCGGCGCGAUAUGGCAAAUGUGGAAAGAAAAAGGGCAGGAUAUGCCAUGGGCGCUCUGCUUCGGUGUCCCGCCUGCUGCAAUCAUGGUAAGCGGCAUGCCAAUUCCAAAGUGGACAGAUGAAGCUGGCUUUGUGGGUGCUUUGAUUGGAAAGCCCGUAGAGGUGGUGAAGUGCGAAACGAAUGAUAUUUGUAUUCCGAUAAAUGCGGAAAUUGUUUUCGAAGGUGUCGUGUCUGUUACCGAAUCUGGCCCUGAAGGCCCAAUGGCAGAGUAUCAUGGUAUGGUAUUUCCGGGAGAAGCUAAGGACCAGCCUCUCUUCAAGGUAAAUGCUAUUACCUACAGACAUGAUCCAAUCUUGCCGCUGUGCGUGGCUGGAAGAGCUGCCGAAGAGAACCACACUGUGUGGGGUGUCAUGCAGGCCGCUGAGGUAUUGAAUGUCUGUCAGGCCGCGGGAUUACCGAUCAAGAUGGUCUGGUGUCCUUUUGAAUCACAUUGCCUGUGGUUUGUCCUCCAAGUCGACCGGCAAAAGCUGAGAGCCUUGAACACAAAAAUCCCAGAUUUUAGCAAAGCGGUUGGCCAUACAGUCUUUGCUUCAAAGCCUGGGUGGUAUAUCCCGAAGUUAUUACUGACAGGUGAUGAUAUUGACCCUACGGACAUCCGUGACGUUAUCUGGGCAGAAUCUACUCGCUGCCAACCAUUGACCAAUGAAUUCUUCUUUGAAGAAUAUGGAAAUAUUCCUCUAAUACCCUACGUUCGAUAUGGACUUGAGCCUGAGCAUACCAACCAUUUUAAAGUUGUCCGUUGCUGCAUGUUCCCCUGCGAGUUUGUGGACGAGGAAAUGUGCUGGAAAGAAGGGUCUUUUCGUGGAUCGUACCCCGCUGAUGUCCGGGACAAGGUGAUACGGAACUGGAAGGCAUAUGGAUUUGAUGACGAGUGA